AUGGAAACACCAAGUUUUUUUCAGAACAACUUCUGCUCUCAAUUCACCUCUGAUGGCGAGAACCACAAUAACAAUAACAACACUGCUGUAAGUACAGGAGACAAUUUCAUCGUGGAAGAUCUCCUUGACUUUUCAAACGAUGACGGUAUCAUUGCCAACAAUAACGGUGUUGUUGCCACCUUGGACUCUGUCCCAGGAAACUCCGUUUCAGCCGAUUCUUCUAAUACUACAGUGGUUGAAAGCUGCAAUUCCUCCUCCUUCUCUUUUUCUGGUUGCGACCCUGGUAUGGUUGCGGAUAUUGGUAGUCGGAGUCUUGUGGAUGGUCAUUUCUCUGGUGAACUUUGUGUUCCGUAUGACGAUUUGGCAGAGUUGGAAUGGCUUUCCAAUUUUGUGGAGGAAUCCUUCUCCAGUGAGGAUCUACAAAAGAUGCAACUCAUCUCAGGGAUGAAGAGACCAAACGAUGAUGCUACAUCGGAGGCCCGCAAGUUCCGCCCAGAACCCAACAGGAAAAGCCCAAUAUUCAACUCAGAAGUGUCAGUGCCAGCCAAGGCCCGUAGCAAGCGGUCUCGUGUGCCUCCAUGCAAUUGGACUUCACGCCUCCUUGUACUCUCUCCAACUCCAACUCCCACAACGUCAUCAUCAUCAGAACCUGACGUCAUGGUCCCUAUUUCUACUCCAACUCCAGUGUCCUUCACUAUUCCGGUCACCGGAAAAAAGCCUGCGAAGACGACAGGAAGAAAAAAGGAAGGUGGGGACUACGGUUCUGGUGAUGGUCGCAAGUGCUUGCAUUGUGCUACGGACAAGACACCGCAGUGGCGGACUGGGCCCAUGGGCCCUAAAACGUUGUGCAAUGCUUGUGGUGUGAGGUACAAGUCAGGCCGGCUUGUGCCGGAGUACAGGCCCGCGGCAAGCCCCACGUUUGUGUUAACUAAGCACUCUAACUCACAUCGAAAGGUUUUGGAGUUGCGAAGACAAAAGGAGAUGAUGAGAGCACAACAACACCAUCAUCAACACCAACAACAGUUCAUACAACAUCAUCAUCAUCACCAGAACAUGAUGUUUGAUGUACCCACGAACGCUGAUGAUUACUUAAUCCACCAACAUGUUGGGCCCGAUUUCAGGCAGUUGAUUUAG